CCUUCCCAAAGAAAGUAGAGUUCGUUCAUGUUUACUCCGGGAUGAGAUUGCCGGAAAGUUUCGUGUUGUGGUCGUCUGUUGUAUAUUGGACGUUCACAUUGAAUCGUGCAAAUAGUGAAUAGGCGUUGUGUCAAACUGAGUCGUAAUGUUUCGUAAUCAGUACGAUAGUGAUGUGACGGUAUGGAGCCCGCAGGGCCGACUUCAUCAGGUUGAGUAUGCGAUGGAAGCAGUGAAGUUGGGGUCGGCUACUGUAGGUCUUAAGAAUAAGACUCACGCUGUUCUAAUUGCUUUGAAGAGAGCAGCGUCUGAACUUUCAGCUCAUCAGAAAAAAAUUAUUCCUAUUGACACUCAUAUCGGUGUGUCCAUUGCAGGUUUGACAGCAGAUGCAAGGAUAUUAAGCCGUUAUAUGAAAACAGAGUGUCUAAACUACAAAUAUUCCCACGAUGCCUUGUUACCAGUGAGCCGAUUAAUUGCUACCUUAGGAAACAAGAUGCAAGUUUGCACUCAGAGAUAUGAUAGGAGGCCAUAUGGUGUUGGACUGUUGGUUGCUGGUUAUGAUGAUCAAGGCCCUCAUAUAUAUCAAACCUGUCCAUCUGCAAAUUUCUUUGAUUGCAAAGCAAUGGCAAUUGGAGCUCGCUCUCAGAGUGCUCGUACAUAUUUAGAGAAACAUUUAGAUGAGUUUCCAAAUAGUGAAACUGAUGAAUUAAUAAAGCAUGGUCUUCGAGCUCUUCGGGAUACUCUACCAAAUGAGGUAGAGUUGAAUACAAAGAAUGUAUCCAUUUCAUUAGUUGGCAAAGGAACUCUCUUUUCGGUGUUUGAUGAAGACACUUUGGCCCGGUAUCUUGCUAUGAUUGAAGGAGAGGAGAAGAGAAGUUCUCAACCUGAAAGUGGUGGUGAUGCUGCUCCUUUGCAACCCCCAGAAGAAGAUAGUGGACCGCAGGAUCCUCAGCCUGCUACGGCUAUGGAAACUGAAUGAACUCUGAAAUUUAAUAUUUCGCUGUUUUCUUUUUAUAAUGAUUCAUGUUUGAAUGGUGUGACAGUGAAAACUCAACAUUCAUGUAACAUGCUAAGUUUUUGGAAGAUCCUUCAAUAAAGAUGGAAGUGAGGCUUGACAAAUAAAUUUUAUUUGAAAACAUAUAUCAUAAUUCUCUCUAAACAAUA